GUGGCUGCUCGUUGGCUACUUAGGACGGAAGCUCAGUUUGUGUUUCUCCAGAAGUUUCCCCCUUGGGCGGCGGCGCAGCUCGUAACCUCGGUGGUAGCAGCUCUAACAGCAACAGCGAUUAUUAGGGAUGGCGGCAGCUGCAGCAGAACCUGCAACAGCCCAGAAGUUUUUCCGGAGCUUCUCAGAUGCUCUGAUCGACGAGGACCCCCAGGCGGCGUUAGAGGAGCUGACUAAGGCUUUGGAACAGAAACCAGAUGAUGCAGAAUAUUAUUGUCAAAGAGCUUAUUGUUACAUUCUUCUUGGGAAUUACUGUGAUGCUGUUGCUGAUGCAAGGAAAUCUCUUGAACUUAAUCCAAAUAAUUCCAUUGCUAUGCUGAGAAAAGGGAUAUGUGAAUACCAUGAAAAAAACUUUGCUGCUGCUCUAGAAACUUUUGUAGGAGGACAGAAAUUAGAUAGUACAGAUCCUGAUUUCACUGUCUGGAUUAAAAGGUGUCAAGAAGCUCAGGAUGGAUCGCAAUCUGAGGUGUCUGCAUCCCAGAGGACUCAUCAGUCAAAAAUCAAGUAUGACUGGUAUCAAACAGAAUCUCAAGUAAUCAUUACACUCAUGAUCAAGAAUGUUCAGAAGAAUAAUGUAAAUGUGGAAUUUUCAGAAAAAGAGUUGUCUGCUUUGGUGAAACUUCCUUCUGGAGAGGAUUAUAAUUUGAAACUGAGACUUCUUCAUCUUAUAAUACCAGAACAGAGCACAUUUAAAGUACUUUCAACAAAGAUUGAAAUUAAAAUGAAAAAGACAGAAGCUGUGAGAUGGGAAAAACUAGAGGGGCAAGGAAAUGUGCCUACUCCAAAACAGUUUGUAGCAGAUGUAAAGAACUUAUAUCCAUCAUCAUCUCAUUAUACAAGAAAUUGGGAUAAAUUGGUCGGUGAGAUCAAAGAAGAAGAAAAAAAUGAGAAGUUGGAGGGAGAUGCAGCUUUAAACAAAUUAUUUCAGCAGAUCUAUUCAGAUGGUUCUGAUGAAGUGAAACGUGCCAUGAACAAAUCAUUUAUGGAGUCUGGUGGUACAGUUUUGAGUACCAACUGGUCUGAUGUAGGUAAAAGGAAAGUUGAAAUCAAUCCUCCUGAUGAUAUGGAAUGGAAAAAGUACUAAAUAAAUUAAUUUGCUAUCACUGUA